AUGAAAGCCGCUGUUGUGGGUAAGGCGGUGAAGUUUGAUUUGACCGGCACAUUCUGGCGCCUGACAAACAAGAGAGUGUGCGCGAACCGCUCGCAAGUACCAGCCAUGGCUCUGAUCAAUCAAGAAUGUCGUGGACGCAAGACCAAGGCUUGCUCAAGUAGCCUUCGCUUUGGGUUGAAAAGACGGGCUAGAUUUCAUUGA